GCUUGACCAACGGCGAGGCAGCAGCAGCAGCAGCACAGGGAGCCCGCUGCCACCUCAACAUGGAGUAGCUGGAGCCGAGCGCCUACUGCCGAAGAGCGGAUUCCUUUGACGGGAAUACCCGGCGCCAUAUAUUUAAUUUAUCUGCCAAGAAAAACCCUCGCCAAUGAUACAGCGGCCAUAUUUAGUACAGUCACAGGGAAGCCCGGCUUUUAUUUGAAAAGAUGGCGAACGACUCUCCAGCUAAAAGUCUGGUAGACAUAGACUUGGCUUCAUUGCGGGAUCCGGCUGGGAUAUUUGAGCUGGUGGAGGUAGUUGGAAAUGGCACCUAUGGACAAGUAUACAAGGGACGACAUGUCAAGACUGGACAGCUGGCUGCCAUCAAAGUCAUGGACGUCACAGAGGAUGAAGAGGAGGAAAUUAAACUGGAGAUCAAUAUGCUUAAGAAGUACUCCCACCACAGAAACAUAGCCACCUACUACGGUGCUUUCAUUAAGAAGAGUCCCCCGGGACAUGACGACCAGCUCUGGCUGGUGAUGGAGUUUUGUGGUGCUGGUUCGAUCACAGACCUGGUGAAGAACACAAAGGGAAACCAGCUGAAGGAAGACUGGAUUGCCUAUAUUUCCAGAGAGAUUCUUAGAGGUUUGGCCCACCUACACGCCCACCAUGUGAUCCACCGUGACAUCAAAGGCCAGAACGUCCUGCUGACUGAGAAUGCUGAAGUAAAGCUGGUGGAUUUCGGUGUGAGUGCCCAGCUGGAUCGGACAGUCGGGAGGAGAAACACAUUCAUCGGGACUCCAUAUUGGAUGGCCCCAGAGGUCAUCGCUUGUGAUGAGAACCCAGAUGCCACGUAUGAUUACCGAAGCGAUCUGUGGUCCUGUGGCAUCACUGCGAUCGAGAUGGCAGAGGGCGCGCCGCCGCUUUGCGACAUGCACCCCAUGCGAGCGCUCUUCCUCAUCCCAAGAAACCCUCCUCCGAGGCUCAAAUCCAAAAAAUGGUCCAAGAAGUUUUUCAGCUUCAUAGAGAGCUGUCUGGUGAAGAACUACACGCAGCGGCCUCCGACCGAGCAGCUGCUGAAGCAUCCCUUCAUCCGGGACCAGCCCAAUGAGCGGCAGGUCAGGAUCCAGCUCAAAGACCACAUCGACCGCACCAAGAAGAAGAGAGGGGAGAAGGAUGAAACCGAAUAUGAGUACAGCGGCAGUGAGGAUGAGGAAGAGGAUCCUCCAGAGCAGGAAGGAGAGCCGAGCUCUAUCGUCAACGUGCCGGGAGAGUCGACUCUGCGGCGUGACUUCAUCCGCCUGCAGCAGGAGAACAAGGAGCGGUCAGAGGCGCUCCGCCACCAGCAGCUCCUCCAGGAGCAGCAGCUCCGUGAGCAGGAGGAGUACAAGCGCCAACUACUGGCCGAAAGACAGAAACGCAUCGAACAACAGAAGGAGCAGAGACGGCGGCUAGAAGAGCAACAGAGACGGGAGCGGGAGAUGAGGAGGCAGCAGGAGCGUGAGCAGCGCCGGCGGGAGCAGGAGGAGAAGAGGCGAAUGGAGGAGAUGGAUCGCCGGCGUAAAGAGGAGGAGGAGCGCCGGCGAGCCGAGGAGGAGAAGAGGAGGAAUGACCGCGAACAGGAGUACAUCCGGCGUCAGCUGGAGGAGGAGCAGCGGCACCUGGAGAAACUGCAGGAGCAGCUGCUCCGAGAACAGGCCAUGUUGCUGGAGUUCAAGUGGCGUGAGCUGGAGGAGCAGCGCAAGGCAGAGCGCCUGCAUAAGCGCUUGCAGCAGGAGCAGGCCUACCUGCUGUCGCUGCAGCAUGAAUCCAAACCGGAGCCUGGCGACAAGACAAACCCCCCACUAGACCUUAGCAAACCCCCACAGACCUCCACUCUGCCCCCCGACGAAGCCCACACCCCUUCCCCUAAAGCCGAGGGCCUUGACGCCGCUGCUUCUGAGUCCACUAAAGCCCCUCUGGUUGUCCCCGGAGACGGCUCUAAGUCCCAGCUAGCAGAGCAAGACGGGAGUGAUGAGAGCACCCCCCCUGUUACUGAAACCCCCACUGAUUCUAAAGCUCCCCAGGCAGAAAGUUUGGAGGCUGCCGCUCAUCCCCCUCAGCCAAUCAGAGAGGCUGACGAGCGUUUCCGAAAAAACAUUCAGGGCUCCCCUCAGUCCGCCCCUCCUUCCAAGCAGCCCCCUCUGCCUCCCCGCUCCUCUGAACCUUACUCCAACGGCGGCUCGGCUUCGGAGGCCACCGCCAUGCACCGACCCAUGGAGCCUCAGGUCCAGUGGUCCCACCUGGCUGCUCUAAAGAGCAGCAACAGUGCGGCCCCCUCUCCUCCUCCGCCCGUGGUCUCUCGCUCCCAGUCCUUCAGCGAGUCUGGCGGCGUGAGCUCUAGCUUUGCACAGCUUCACCUGCGCUCCCAGGACCCCCACCAUCACCACCACCCAUUGCCUGUACGCCCCGACCCCCAACCCCAACCUCCCCUCCACCACCCCCAGGCCCAGACCCGGCUCGAACGCCAGACCAGCGGCGAGGAGGUUCCUCCCAAGGUACCAGUGAGGACAACAUCCAGGUCUCCUGUGCUGUCUCGCAGAGAGUCCCCGCUGCCGUCUCAGCCCAACCAGAGGAGCGUUGGCAGUAAUGUGGAGCAGCGCCCCCUGUGGGACAGAGUGGAGAAGCUGCAGUCUCGGCCCGGCAGCGGCAGCUCCUCGGGCUCCAACGCCAGCUCCCAGGCCAGUCCGGGUGACCGUUUCAGACCACGUUGUGAGUCACCUGCUUCGUCUAAAUCUGAAGGCUCGCCUCUUCAGCGUCCGGAAAACAUCCCAAAAAAGCAAGAAGAGAAGAACUCCUCCAGGCCUACUCGGCCAGCCGGUGACAUGGACCUGACUGCUCUGGCCAAGGAGCUGCGUGCAGUGGACGAUGUGCGGCCUCCUCACAAGGUGACCGACUACUCUUCAUCGAGCGACGACUCCGGCACCACGGAUGAGGAGGACGAGGAGGAGGUGGACCAGGAGGCGGGAGACGAGUCCACCUCAGGAGCUGAGGACUCCAGGACGGGGAGGCUGAGCAAUGGAGAGACUGAUUCAGCUAAGACCAUGCUGGUGGACGACCUGGAGAGCGAACAAGCCACCACUCCCUCCAAAGACGGCACCCUGGUCAUCAGACAGAGCACAGCUGACACAAAGCGGUUGGUCAGUCUCUCAUCUUCCUCCUCUUCCUCGCCCGGCUCCGGCCCCAGUCAGGGCGUUCCGGAGAAAAACGGCUUUCCGGGCCGCAUUCACCACCUGCCAGACCUUAUCCAGCAGAGCCAUCACUCCCCUUCCUCUUCUCCAGCCAUCCUUUCCUCCAUGUCCAUGUCGCCCUCCUCCUCCUCUUCCUCCUUUCAGUCAUCCUCUAGCCAGGCCAGUCCUGGAAUGUGCUCACAGAUUCCCCUGGACGAGCUCACUGCCAUAGAGUCCCAGUCAGAGAACAACUCCAUGUCCAAACACAAGUCCUCUUCAUCGUUCACACCCUUCAUUGACCCUCGUCUUCUUCAGAUAUCUCCAUCCAGCGGCAGCUCCCUUAACAACAUGGCUGGAUUUGGUCAAGAAGGUCGGCUCGCUGACCCGCUGAGGUCCGACCCGUCCCGCAAAGGAUCGGUGGUCAACGUCAACCCUGUCAACACGCGCCCACCGAGCGACACUCCAGAGAUCCGCAAGUACAAGAAGAGGUUCAACUCCGAGAUCCUGUGUGCAGCACUCUGGGGAGUGAACCUGCUGGUCGGGACAGAGAGUGGGCUGAUGCUACUGGACCGAAGCGGUCAGGGGAAAGUCUACCCACUGAUUAAUCGGCGUCGCAUCCAGCAGAUGGACGUCUUGGAGGGACUCAACGUUCUGGUCACCAUAUCAGGUAAAAAGAACAAGCUGCGAGUGUACUACCUGUCGUGGCUCAGGAACAAGAUUUUGCACAACGACCCUGAAGUGGAAAAGAAACAGGGCUGGGUGAAUGUGGGCGACCUCGAGGGCUGCGUCCACUACAAAGUCGUGAAAUACGAGAGGAUUAAGUUCUUGGUGUUGGCCUUGAAGAACUCUGUGGAAGUGUACGCCUGGGCUCCCAAACCCUACCAUAAAUUCAUGGCAUUCAAAUCUUUUGGCGACCUCGUGCACAAGCCUCUGCUGGUCGACUUGACUGUGGAGGAGGGUCAGAGGUUAAAGGUCAUCUACGGCUCCUGCUCAGGCUUCCACGCCGUCGACGUGGAUUCCGGCGCCGUCUACGACAUUUACCUGCCCACACACAUCCAGACCAACAUUCAGUGCCACGCCAUCAUCAUCCUCCCCAACACGGACGGCAUCGAGCUGCUGGUGUGCUACGAGGACGAGGGCGUCUACGUGAACACCUACGGACGCAUAACCAAGGACGUGGUGCUGCAGUGGGGAGAAAUGCCGACUUCAGUGGCCUACAUUAGGUCAAACCAGAUAAUGGGCUGGGGAGAGAAAGCUAUCGAGAUCCGCUCGGUGGAGACGGGACACCUGGACGGCGUCUUUAUGCACAAAAGAGCCCAGAGACUUAAAUUUCUUUGCGAGAGGAAUGACAAGGUCUUUUUCGCCUCCGUGCGUCAAGGCGGCGCCAGCCAGGUGUAUUUUAUGACCCUGGGACGCUCCUCCCUUAUGAGCUGGUAGCCAACGAGACGACCUCGCCCACGCAGCGACGAGCCGACGACGCACCGUCCUGAGCCUGACCUGGAGGAGCUCCCUCUCACACGCUCAGGCAAAACCAACCACAGUUUGGACUGUAACCACGAAAAUAAAGCGGGAGCGAAUGGAGGCGUGUUAGGUUUGUCACCUUUAGGUCUGUAGUUGCCUCGCUGCCCUGCGCUUUCCUCCAUCUCCACUGAGGGAACAAUGGUAAUCGAUUUAUUCUGUGUCGCAGUAAAACUUGUAUGUAAUUAACAAAUUGUCCGGAGGGGUCAACAAAAGGCCUAAACAGCUUUUGCUGUUUGGAAAAACAAAACUUGAUGUGCCAGAACUUGUGUAGCUGUUGACCUCCCUGUCAAGCAUGUUUCUGAACAACUCCAGUCCUCCCCUCUGACCGGUGCUUGACGUGCGAAUCUGCGUCUUCACUUUGUUCGCCUUAAAGUGAAAACUCCUAUAGGGACCUUUGAUUUAUCUGUUAAACACAGGGUACAGGAUCAGCAGCUUGUACAUACAUCGUGCUGUAAGUUAUGUUUGACAGUAUCCCUGUUGGUGACGUCAUGACGCAAAAUUACACCCAGUUUUUUUUUUGUUUUUUUUUAAAAUACACUGUAUAUUUUGUAUGUGACUUGCUGCAUAUAAAUAAACGUCAACAAAGCAGGACACAUCAGAUGAGCUGUAAAGGAAAAAUCCACACUAUUUAUCCUCAAUCUGUAAUAUUUUUAGGGCUCUAACUUUCUCAUGAAGUGUUUGGUUUGGCUCUGCUGUCAGGUUUCGUUUUUUUUUCUACUGGAAAUCUAAAAACACAAAGUAAACACAUCCAGAAAUGUGACAUUCAUCCUAUUUUUUGUUCUUUUUAUAUUAGUUCCAAGUAGGGCUAGGGUUAAACUGUGAAUUAGCAGGCAGGAUUAGCAGGAUGACGGGCUGGAAAAAGGGAAUAAGAAUCGGCUCUUCGUCUCUCUGCACAAUCGGGACAUUUACCCGUUUCUCGCUUCAUCUGUAGCUUUACGGUUGCCUUCGAAGGGUUCCCUGUCGAUUUUUAAAUUGGAGCUAAACCCUGAAGACAUUUGGAUGUUGUGUACUGCUGGAACUCCUAAAACCAGUCAUGUCACCUAAUCUUGGACCUCUUUUUAAUGACGCUUGGUUGUUUACAUAAUCAUGUUCAGAUCAAAAGGCAUCCAAACCAAACAAAUGUUUUCCUUUUCAUAUCUGAAGCCCAUUCUUCACUUCACUUCCCCUCCCUUUCCACAGUUAAAAUGCAUCUGUGCUUUCAUUCAGACAACACAACUUCCUAGCAGUCUUUGCUGUCAGACGGUGCCUUCAGGUGCAUCUGAGGGUGAUGGGAUCAAUAUUAGGUGCUUUUUUUUGGUAGUCUUGGGCUGAUAAAAAUCACUCGUUCUAACAGCAGUGUUACAGAACCACUUCAGAUCAUUUUUUUUACUUAGUCUUUGUUUCUGACAUUUCUCUACAGAUAAGUAUGUGACUGCAGUGGUUUUUAAAUUGUAAUGCACACCUUAUGUUCGAAAUGUUUACAGAAGCAGAUGUUUUUCCUUUUUUUUUUUUUUUUUUAAACCAGUGUGUGUCAGUAUGAAUAUUUAUGGUUUAUUUUUAGGCUAGACUCCCCCCUGUUUUGUAUUUUGUAGCCCUCUUUGUAUUAUCAUUUAGACGUUUCUGUGCAGGGAUAAUCAACUUCUGCUCAAUAAGUCCACAGUGUCAUUUCACUUGAUUCCUCUGCAUCCUUCGCAGUGCACAGUAGGCCGCUGGCUGUGUGGCAGAAGAUGUUUUCCACUACCCAGGUGACACGUUUUUCCUUAAACGUCACUCUGCCGUGCCUCUAAUUUAUGUCCUCUCUGUGUGUGCUAUGGGGGAUUACUGUGUUUUAAAGAAAGUCUUUUUUUUUCUCCCUCCAUUGAAUAAAAUCAGAAGUGAUUUA